AAAUCGCAUAGACGUAUACACAGCCCUGCCAUACCUUACCAAAAAAUACACAUACAAUGUGCAAUGCCACAGGCUCCUCCAGGAAUAUUGCACCGUGAGGUGUAUUCGGAGUCGCUUUUUAAUCUUGGACUUCUUUUCGAAAGACGGUAUAAAGUUCAUCAACUAUCUGAUUUAUCGCAACUUCAAAAUCGAGCAAAAAAUUAUCUUGUGAGGUCUUUUGCUACUGGUAUCAGCACUACUGUUAAGGAGAAUGCUGUAGACACGGAUGCUAAUUUGGAUCAGACAACCCCUUUGACUUUUACUGAGGAGGUUGAUAACAAGGAUAUUGAUGCUUUGGAAUAUGAAGAUCAUGACAUUGUUGAUUUGUUAAAGGUAGAUGAAGACAAGGAUAUCAAUUUGAACAAAUUGGGAACAACUGUAGUCACACUUAAAGACGUAUCUAACAGCGUUGUGGAAGAUAUUACACCUAAUAAAUUGCCCACUAACGAUAAUAAGCUGUCCGAAAAACUUUCACACUUGCAACCACAUGUGGAAAUAAGGAGUGCAGGGUCUUAUAAAGCUAGCCCUUCCGUGGAUAAUGUGCUUGUAAAUAUUCACGGAGAUCAUGUAGAUAGUGAGGGUGAUUGGACAUUGCCGAAUAAUAAGCGCUUAAGGAUAGUGGCAUUUUUUUGCUUUUUGGCACACAUAGUAGUGUCGCUUGUAUUUGCCUUAGUCUUAUAUUUGCAUGUACAUUUGGACUGGCAAAGAACGGUAAAUAAUCUCCAUAUUGUUUUCCCAUUCGUUGCAUACUUCACAACCAGAGUUGUUUUGCAAGGUUAUUUCGAUUGGGAAUUCAAGAGUCUUAUUCGACCAUUCAUGUCAAUGUCUACGAUAAUUGGCCCAGGUGUCAACAAAGCAAGGAUACUAAAGGGCGCGGCAAAUAAUAUCUGUUUAAUUCUUGCAGUUGCAACCGCUGCCUUACCAUGUCAUGUAGUGGAUGAUAUAGAACCACGGAAAACCUUAAGCCAUUUGUAUUACGGCAUAUUUACUGCUCUCUUGAUUACUGAUAUAGUGGCGGUAGCAGUCCAUCAUUAUCUAAUAAACAGGCAUGUUGCAAGAUUGAUGUAUAAGAAACCAUAAUGAAUAUUCUCAACUGUCUGGACACAAUUUCACGGGCUCUAAAAAGUGGCUUCAUAAGCUCCAUCACGGCAAAAGCAACAAGCAAUAUAGACGCCGUAUAUCCAACGAACUCAGUUAUCAAACCCAUAUAUUGGAUUCACGAGACACCAAUCGAGAUGGAAUUACGGCGCAGAGUAUAUAAAUCGUAUAAAAGGCGAGUUCUUGGGUUACCUUCUACUAAAUCACGGCGAAGGCAUGCACAGAACCUCAGAUAACUUCAUAUGCCUUUACUCUAUAAUUAAUGGAUGUAAUCCCACGUCGACAUAUAUUAGAAUCAUGUACACUCAUGCAUACAAUG